AUGGCCGAUCAACCAUCGCCUUCAAACUCUGGCCAAAAUGACGGGCCCACAAUCAUCCGAGUCACUCUGGCGGUGUCGAUACUGGCCUUGUUAACGGUCAUGCUUCGACUGUACGUGCGGAUCAAAAUCAUCCAGAACAUAGGAUGGGAUGAUUACCUGAUGCUUAUUGCAAUGUUAUUAGGAAUUGCAUUCGAAGCAGUUGUUAUUGCCAACGUUCACUAUGGGCUCGGAAAGCACAUUUCGGAUUUAGAUGCAGAAACAGUCUCAAUCGGAAAAAAGUUGAAUUUUGUUACACCUCCGCUGUACCUUUGGGUAGAAUGUUUUGUGAAGCUAUCGGUCGGCAUGGCCUUACUCCGGUUUGCUCGCAGCAGGCCAUGGAGAAUCUUCAUCACUUCUUUGAUGGUGUUCACAGUCUGCUUUACUUUGGCAAACUUCUUCGUGAUCACACUUCAAUGCAAGAAACCGGCGGCCCUAUGGGACCCCAAUGUAAAGUCCGAAUGUAUCAGCGUGAAAGCGCUCGGGCCAUUGCUCUAUACUACCAGUGGUGUAAGUAUUUUGACUGACAUUUUGUUCGCGCUUGGUAUACCGAUCCCCAUCCUGUGGAAGCUCCAGAUGAACGUUCGGACAAGGCUUUCAGUUAUAGCCAUCCUCAGCCUGGGCACUCUCUCCUGUGCGGCCGCAAUCGUGAAGAUGCGGUACAUUGGCGAUUACGGACAGCGAAGCGACCUAUUGUGGCAGUCAAGAAAUAUUACUCUGUGGAGCACAAUUGAAGCUACCGUGGGCAUCAUCGCUGGUAGCCUGCCCUGCCUUAAACCUCUCUUCGUUAGCAUACUCGGCACGUCAUUGCACUCCGGGCGCAGUAGGGAUCCUCGGCGUUCUAGCAACCUUCAAGACACACGGCCAAUGUCCAUCAGCUUCUACAAGAAUCUUAGAAGCAAGCCACGACAGGAGGACAGCGAGAGCCAAACACGGUUUGGAAUGGAAGACGAGGCCCACAUGAUGUCGGAGGUGGACAACAUGAAGAACGCGAAGACAAUCCAGAGUUUCGUGGGAAAGAGCAGUGACGAUAGCAUAGAGAGAUUUGCGCAGGGCCGGGUCGAGGGCCAGAAUGUCCGGAGAUCUGUCUAUACUGUCAAAUAG